AAGUUCGUACUUGCGAGUGGACUGGGUGUGGUCUCUUUUUUUUUGCUGUGUAUUUCCUUGCGUCUGUUUGUUGCAGGACUCUUUUCGUCUUUGACUACAAUUCUUUAUUCUGGGCUCAUCACCUCUUAAAGUUUUACCAAAGUCCACAUGGCUGUUCCGGAACAAUUUCAGCUACAUGCUAUAAAUGAAAUCGCGGAAGCUCUCAGCAGCAAUGAACGCAGUAGGCUCUUCUAUCUAUGUGAAAGCUUGGACACGGACCACAGUGUGGCUUGUAUGAAGGAGAUGCUCAGAUCAAAAGUGACGCACCAUCAAAACGCUCACCUGUUUCUGGCACAGCUCAUGUUUUGUUUGGGGCGUUUGGAUAUCCUAAGGAAGGUGUGUAAAGUCAGCAGGGAUGACUUGGAGAGGACCAGACAAAUGGUCCCUAGUUUCAGAGUAUUGAUGGCAGAAUUAAGUGAGGAGCUGGACACCGGAGAUUUGGACAAUGUUAAAUUCCUGUUAACUUGCAAAUUAUCUCGUGAAAAGCUUGAGAAGACAAAGAGUUUCCUGGAUAUUAUUGUUGAACUUGAAAAGCUGGAUUCAGUCUCACCAGAAAGACUUGACGUCGUAGAGGAGUGCUUGAGAAACAUUGGCAGGAUUGAUCUAGUCAAAAAACUGACCACUUACAAGAAUUCAGAAAAAUUGGAGCAAACAUUUAAGGCGCUUCACUUCAGCGUGGAUCUUCACCGGUAUCUGAGUUCUGAUGAUGUGUUUUCAGCUCCCCAAGUGAUUCUCGGUCAGAAGGAGAAACUCAGAAAUGAUAGCUUUGUGUACUGCAUCGUUAGUUGUGGCACAGAAAGUCGACUCUUUGGCACAGAUUCAACUGGCAAUGGAUUUGCUAUGGACGGAGUUGGGUGUCUUUUCAAUGUUAAUAAAUGUCCGUUAUUGGCGGAUAAGCCCAAACCUUUCUUCAUCCAGAGGUACAACAUACCUGAGUUCUCCCUGUGCCCCAGGGUGAACCACUCUGAUGAGCACCUCGAGACAGAUGGAUGUGAUGUCACAGCUAUUCCUACGGAUGUAGAUGUGAUCUGGAGUCACUGCUGGACAGAUGAGCAUAAGCUGGAAGAAGAGGAACAUCGCUCUUUUGUCUUGUUUGUGCUCUGGAAAACUAGGGUUGAUGUUCAGACGGAGGAGAGCCUGGCCACCGUUGAACACAGUAGAAGAAAUCCUGAAGAAAGUUCUCACCUUGAUGAAAAACAUACUCUGAGGAAGUCCUCCUCCCUUUGGCAUCUUGAGGAUUUUUGUAAGGAAUAGUAAAGAAAAGUAAAUCUUAGAGCUGGUUAUGUGGAAAAAUCCUAGCAGAUCAGCAGUUUCUGAAUUUAAAAAUUAAAGCUACAUUAAGUUAAUUUGUGCAAGUGAAAUACAAAGCCCAAAACGGGUACAAACACUAGUAAAACAAACACCCUAAAGCACCAGCAUUGAUGUUACAGAUAGGCCUUCGAGUCACUGUGCCUCCUCAGCUGAAUUGUGCUGAUACCCUUCUGUAACUAGAUGUUAAAUUCAGUUAGUGUGGGGAUGAGAAAGUUAAACAUCCACACUGAUAAUUAGUUACGGCAGCUCAAACUCAAGUUAAUUAUUUGCUUAGCAGUAACUUUGUGCUUUUGCAGCACUGAGGAGGCCACCGACUUUGGAGCGGGGGCGACUGUCCCGGUCCUGUUUCCUUGUGAUAAAAAAAGAGGACAUUCAUCAGCUUGCGCAGCUAAACUAUACUUGUGGACUUCUUAAUCUUUGAGCGCAGGUGUCUCCAUCCCAAUGCCACGGGUCUCUAAAAUCAUGCACCUAGCCGUGAAGUCUGCCUUUACAAACAUUUGUGAAAAAAUGGGCCGUUCUAAAGAGCUCACCAAGUGCAGUGCUGCAAUACGAUACCACUGCCAGUGAAAGUUCUUGGCUCCUAGAUAUUCAGCAAUCAACUGUAAGUGGUAUGAUUGGAAAUGAAAGUUUUUAGGGACCACAGCAGCUAAGCCAUGCAGCGGCAGAUCGGCUAAAGUCGUAGAGUGCAGUCGGCCUGAGGUAUAUAGUGCGUUAGAGUCACCACCACACUGCUGACUCAUUAACUGCAGAGCUCAUCGGGGAUUAACGUCACAAACAUAGCAAACAUAUUUUGCCUUGAGUACACGGUCAAUUGCACAUAAAUGACAGCAUGAAGGCUUCUCUGUCUUUUCAUUUCUGUUUUCGCUUUAUUUUAUUUCAUUUUUUUAUGUAGCACAUGAGUCAAAUGGCCCUCAAUCAAGUUUGUUGCCCGUCCAGUUGUAUACUACUGCUGACAGUGUCGGACAAACAAGUAUUGAUGCAGCUCAGAACUUGCUCAAGAAGAACGUUUUUAUUGCGUAUAUAGUGACACCUAAUGGUCAUAUGUAGUCACAACAUGUUAUAGUUGGAGGUAAAAACUGAAAACGUUAAAUGUGUAUUUAUUGUUAUUAUUAACUUUAAUUUUCACCCAGGGUGUUGGUGGAUGUUUAAUAAUAUAUGUUGUAUUUCAACAGAUUGAUCAUUUUAGCAGAUAAAUCAACUGCGACAGUUCCCAACCUUAACUCCACAGGCAGCAACGUUUUAAAACUUAAAGGUUUACCAAACAGGACACCCAGUCAUCCGGACUGUGAAGGUUACAGUGCAUUGGGGGAAAGGAAAAAAAAAGUAUGCUUAAAACUUAAAGAUGACUUGCAAUAUUUAUUUACACUCCACGCUGUACAUUUGUGCAUUUGUAACAUUUUUUUUCUUGUUGAAAACAAUCUAAGCUAAUUUGUACUUUAAAUUAUUAUUUUUAAAAUGUAUGCAGAAACCUUGAAAACUUCUCUUAAUGAAGGAAACACUAUCAUGCUUUUUUAAAUGUACUUAAAUAUAUAUUUAUGUAUAUGUAAAAAGAAAUUCCCCCUGAUUGAUGUUGUAAUAUUUGUAAUUUAACCCACUACUGUAGUUUGUUUUUGUCACCGUGUAAGUACAUUACAUUUUUUUGUUUGUUUUAAAAUAUGUAUCUAUGUUAGUGUGCUACAGUGCAAUUGGGAGGAUGCUAACAUAGUUGAUACAAAAUUUAACAUUUCAUACAAAGUUUUUUGUAUGAACUGAAAUGUUAAAUUUAACUUCUAUAAGCUAGUUUUUGCCUUUAAAAAAGUUAGUUGUGUUGUAUUUAAUAUUGCAUCUGAAAAAUAUGUUUGCAUAGUCUAUGUGUGUGGGGUUUUUUUUAACAUUUUCUAUCAUAUUAAUACAUGUUAUAUUAUAACAAGGUUAAAAGAAAAAUUAAAAUAAUGACUGGUACAAUUAUAUGGGUUAGAUUUGAGCAUCAUUUAACCUUUUAGAAGUGCAACUCACCGAGGCCAUGUAGUAUUUUAUUUCCCAAGAAACUGGGGAAUCACAGAAGAGCAACGACAUCACAUCUUAUGUAAAUGUAAAUGCCCAUGGCUCCGCUUUGAACAAAGAGUUUUGCAAAUAAAAUAAAUAGUCUACAAAUCCAA